GUGCGACCGAUUCGUGUGAUUUUAACGCUGGAUUUUGAUGAAAACCUGUCGAAAUUUCAGGUGUCGGGGGAUAAAUGCGUGCCGUUGUGUAUUGUUGAACUGUAAAACGUCUGGUGCGAAAUUCCCCAGCCUGAAGGAUGGCCUGUCUCCUCACGCGCAGCAUUCUCCUCUUCGCCACGCUCUUCGUAGACAUCAGCAUUUUCGAUGUUGGGGCGCUGAAGGACAUGCACAUCCGCGUGCCGGAAGCCGUCAGAGUCGGCGAUUCCGUCACUUUAGCGUGCGACUACGAUUUGGAAUCGGUCGCUUUGUACACCAUCAAGUGGUACAGGUUCGAGGAGGAGUUCUACAGAUAUGUGCCCAAGGAGUCGCCGCCAUCCAAGGUCUUCGCCAUGCCGCACAUCACUGUCGAUGUUUCCAAGUCGAACUCCCGCGAAGUUACGUUGACUGGCGUUGAACGAGAAACAUCCGGAGAGUAUAAAUGUGAAGUGUCAGCGGAUGCACCACUCUUCCACACUGAUAUACGGUCUGCAAAUCUACUAGUUGCAAGUAUUCCCGACGAAGGACCGGUUUUGAGGACGGAGGUGCAAAAGGUGGCACCCGGAGCGGAAAUCAGGGCCAACUGCACCACCGCCGGCUCCUACCCAAGCAUGAACGUCACAUGGUUUAUUAACGACAAAGAGAUAUCACCGAAAUACAAGUACGACGUCCAGAACUCGAUCAUCCGCUACGACGCCCUUCCCGGCUUGGAGACCGUCCGCAGUUCCAUUUCGAUCAGGGAGGCACCGGACUUGUUCAAGGGCGGCAAGAUGCGUCUCAAGUGCACCACCACCAUGUACUCGCUCUACGCCGCCUCCAAGGAGGCCGAAAUCCAAGAGGACGCACCACGACUCGCCCUGAUCAUGGAGCCGACCGCCCACACCAAUCAAGUAUCCAGCAGCGUCUCGAAAAACGUUAAAUUCACACCUUUGAUCAGCUCGAUAUUUUACGUCUAUCUCUACACAUGGGUUAGGAGACUGGUCUGCAACUAAACGUGCUUGGUGCCCGGUGCGUAAAGAACAUUGUGAUAGUGGUAAAUAAGGUAAAAAAAUAUGGACUGUGCUGAAUCAAAAGUGUGAUUUAAAGAAAAAAAAAAUGUAAUUUAAGCAAAACUAUAAAUGAUAAACGUUCGAAAACAGGUAAAAUACAUGUAUGAAAUUUGUGUGAUUCUGGUUCAUUUAAAAUUACUAUGUGCAAUAAAUUUAGUGACACAUUUAGAUUAGGUCAUGUUUUAGAUUUAAAUUUUUGUAUAAACUAUCGUUUAACGACUUAUUAAUAGGCAAAACUGUUUAUAUCUAUCUACAUAUAUGAUAUUCAAAUAAUUAAACCGCCAUUAAAUAGGUUUAGAUUUUUUUAUGUGAUAAGAGGAUUUAUCCGAAUGUUAAUCUCGAAUUGAUUUUGCCUAUUGUUAAGCGAAAUAAAUUAAAUAUACCCACUCGCUGUUAUUACAUCUCGUACACCUGAAUUGCUCAAAACUUUAUUCCAAUAUGUUGUAUUUUUAUUGGGUUUAGAAAUGAAUAAAACUGCUAUAAAAUUUCAGCAUGCAUAUUUGAACUUUGUCAAUCGCUACCAUUAUAAUUUUUCCAUUUUUAUUUGAGUCCAACGAACACAUCAACCGCUAUAUCAUAAAUUUGUAUCAAUAAUAAAUAUUUGUGUGAGCAUCGCACAUUGGCCGGGCAAAACAACAAAAUUGUUUUUUAACAAUUCAUUUUGAAUAUUUCACUUCCGGCUAUAUCGGGUGUAUAAAUAAAUUAAAAUGCAAAUAGAGAGAAUCGAACGACAAUUUUACUUUAAUUAUCGAUAAUCCUAAUGCCGUACGAAGGCUUUUUAAUUACUAAAAAAACACACAUACGAUUCCAUCGUAAGUUCGUAUGCAUGCAAAAAUUUUAUGUCGUACGGAUCGAAAUCAAUUGGGUCAAAUAUAAUGGGUUCGCUGCCAAUCCAAUCAGUCCGGAUUGAAUUAACCGUAUGUGCUUGUUAGUAAGUUAUAAAACCCAGUGCAUAAAACAAACGUAAAUGAGACGAAACGCUUUCAGGGCGAAUCUCUUUAUGUCUUGUCGCAAUCAAAACUUUACAUCCCUUCAAAUAUGGUUUAUUGCAUCUGAAAAAGUGUCGCAUGGAUCCUGUUCAUUCGUGUUACGCAACCAAUAGUUAGUGAUAUUAAAUAGCCGGUGUUAUUUAUGCGUAUAUAACCUGUAUGUGUAUAUUCCGGUCUCCCACAAAUAAAUACCAAAUUAACGCUAUACUCCAUUCGAACUAAGUGUGGAAUAUCAUAAACAAAUUUAGUUGUGUGAUCAGCACGUUUAAUUUAUUAUUUUUGGUAUUUCUUUAAAAUUAUGGUAGAUAAUAACAAUUAUAAGGUUUAUUUUUGUACUAAAUUAUUGAAUCCGAAAAAAUGUUUGUCUGAAUGUAUCAUAUUUUUAAGUCGGCAGUCUGGUAUACUGCGCAUGACUACUGUUUACUUUAUUCCGUACCUUAUGUGAAUACACUAUAGUUCUGAGUCUGGAGUCGAUGGCAUUAAUUUGUGGGACGCCUUGUGUUUAUAUUUGACCCCAGCUUGAUUGUCCCAUUUCCCAUGUAUGUAAAUAAACUUAUCAUUGCUCAUAAUCAUAAUUGUUAUUAGAUUGAAAUGUAUAUUUAAUUUAUAAUUCUCAAAGAUAUAUGUAUUCGAAUGAAUAACCCUUGACAGAACUUUACUAUAGCUGAGUAAAGAAAAAUCUUAUAUUAAGUGUUCGAUAUUGAAUAAAAUAUGUUUUGUAUAAAGGAAAAAAAAUGUUAGCUGUUAUUGUACAUAUUAAUAGUGAGACUUAAAACUUUAGUGUUGAAAAGAAAACACAUUGCAUGAAAACCUAUUACUGUUUGUACUAAACAUGAUAACAAACAUUGUCUUUAAGAUGAAUGUUUUUUCGUUUUAGUGUAACAAAAACAAUCACUACAAUAGAUAUUGUAAAAAAAACCUACAAGAUAAUAUGUGUCAAUAUUAAACAAAUGUUAUGUAAUCAAAAUUAUUCGUUAUAUAAUUUAUCACUGUCAAUAUACAUUCAAAAAACAAUCAAAAUACGUGUAUGUGUCUCCUAUAAAAGUGAUUGUCAACAUGUUGUUUCAUAAAAAAAGCUAAACUUCGCCAGUUUAUUCAAACAAUACAUCGAAUGAUUUAAUAAUUUACGAAUAAACCCGACAAAGCACUAAAUGAUCACAACUGACACCGAAUUUAUUUUAAUUAUCAGGAACAGUGUUGUAUUAAACAACGUUUGAUGUUGAUUGCCACCUUGUUUAGUACAUUAUUAAAUGCGCAAUAAAAUUAACAUGUAAAGAGUACGUAUAAUGUUGCCGUGAAUAAUUUCCCAGACAUACUUUGUGGGGUUUAUUUUAUUUUUUUUACGUUCGCCGCCAUCCUCGACGAUAUCUUUUACUCUUUCACGACCCUUUCAUGUUUACGUUAAUAUAAUUUGACCGUGCAAAAACAUCGCAAUCAUUAAAUUUCGCCGGGAAUGUUCGGAUGCCGUCCAUUUAUCCAAUUUACAAAUCGGAAAAUAAGUCGAAAGUCUUAAUUAGAAACC